AUGAUGGGUUUUAUUCCGACCUUGAAUAGCAGAGAUUCGCUACUGCUUAUAUACACGCUGCUUCUUUGUUCUAUGCCUUGCUGCAUCCGGCUGAUCGUUCUUUGUCCAUUCUGGUCCGAUAUGGCCGCAAGCGGCCAAGGCCAAGCCUGA